AUGUGUUAGCAAAGCGUGCAAUAAAAAAUGGCGACCUCGGCUGGAGGAAUUCCGUCGCCUGCAGGGAACGGUUCUUCGCCCCAGGCUCACCCAGCAGUUCUCUCCGGACAACCCAUGGUCCAUGCAGGCGAUCAAAAACCACAUUUCGUGUCGCCAACCGGCAAUGUCAGGCCCCCUCAUCCCGGAGGUGUGCCAGGAGCUACGGUCCCCCUCCUGACCCGGCCUCUGCUGGGCUCCCCUCCCACCACGGGUCCCUCCCCUCUCUUUCCUCCCCAGGCUCCCGCAGCAGGGUCUCUUCCGCGGCCUCAAGCAGGAGUACCUCAUUUCUCCCAGUCUGGACCGCCUGCCACUAACGCUGGAGCCGUGUUCUCGAGACCACCUCCCCCGAAUGGUCCACUUGCUGCUCGACCUCCGCUGGCGCCGGGUCCGCCAGUCCUCCAUCUUCACUCUUCUCAACCCCCACCCCACACUGCACCUCUGCAAAUCCUACCGCCAGGAGCUGUCCAGCGCCCUCCCCUGAACUUCUCUCGUCCCCCCGGUCUCCCUCCGCCGCAGGCUCGCCCCCCAAUCAGCACUCCGUUCCCCCAGCCCCCCACAGGGAACCCACCAAUCUCGGUGGCUCCUCAAGUCUCGGGGAGCGGCCCCCUGUCAAAUAUAAUCAGACACCUGACCCCCUCGGGUCAUGGAACUCCUCCAGUGGGACCGCCUCCCCCGCAGUUUCGUCCUCCUUAUCCUCCUCUUGCUGCGGGUCCCCCACUUCUGGGGGGCCAGAACAUGCUGCCCCCCAGAGGCCCCCCUCCCCCGAUAUCUGUACCACCUCAGCAGCCACCUCGCGUGGUCCGAUUACCACCAGAACAAUCUGUGGGUGGCCUGUCGAUACCUCCUCCGGUACAAUUUACACCUGCGACCAGCGAGACAUCCUCCAGCCCCCAACAGGCCCCUAGCCCCACAACUCCACAUGUUGUUCAGCAGCCUUCUUCCUUGUCCACCCCUUCUCCUGGCCCUCCUCCUCCUCAGCAGCAGCAGCCUUCUCCUCGGAAUGCUAUCUCCCCGUCUCCCUCUCCCAAAGAAACUGCUCCUCCCUUGCUUCCUUCUCCACAGCAACAGGGAGAGCUGAUGAUGAAGGGAGAUGUAGAAGAUCGGGGGGGAGAGCUGUGGUUCGAGCACAAGUUGCCCGACGGAAGGGUCUACUUCUCGCACCCGGUCACCAGGAAGACAACGUGGGACCGUCCGCAGAAUGCACAGAUCAAACCUCAUCCCGCACAACAAGGUCCACCCCCGGCUCGCUCCUUCCCACCUGGACCUACUUCGCCGGGAGGGAUGCCAAAUGCUUCCCAUUUGGUGCCCACCCGGGUGUGGUCAGAGUUUCAGACGCCCGAGGGGAAGCCGUACUUCUACAACAAAAUCACUCGGGCCUCCGGCUGGGAGAAGCCGACGGACUUUGACCUCGUGAUGCCCCUCCCACCAGAUCUCGGAGCACAGCCAGGAGGCGGUGCCCAUCAGCAGAUGCCACACCCCCGCCUCCCUUUGCACUCCCCGAGACCCCGCCUCCCUUUGAUGUCGACUCCGCCUAUGUUCCAGCCCGGACGACCUCCGUUUAACCCCCGGUUUCCUCCGGGACCUCAUCCAGCAAUGAACCAGGGACUAUCUCUUCACGUCAUGGAGCCUCGAUUCCCUCCUCCUCCUCCAAGUCACCUACUGAACACCCCACCGCCAUCUGCAGGAGGUCCUGGUCCGCGGGGAGCGGACGGAGGAAGACGAGAGAGCAGCGGAGAUGCUGCGAGGGACCCAGAAGCCAUGGAGGUCGACAAAGAUCCUCUGUUGGUGAGGCAACCGAGUCUGGUGGUGGUGGUGCUACGUCUUCAGUGGAGUCAGGUGCAGCCGCAGCUGCUGGCGAGGGAGAGACUGAGAAUGAGACAAGGGAGGCUGAGCGUCUGAAUAUACUGAGACUGCACAGCUGGAGCCAGAGAAGGAGGAGCCGAAAGGCCCUAGACCUACUGCCAGCGUACCCUGUUCCAGGUACGCCGUGGAUGGUGGUGUGGACCAGUGACAGGAGACAGUUCUUCUUCGACGUGACCAGCCGAGUCUCUCUGUGGAUUAUGCCCGAGGAGCUCAAGGACAACCCACUGGUGGAGAAGAUCAUCGACGAUGGUCCCGACGGAGAAGCCUAAUCACUGCUUUAUACAGUAACAGCUACAUAAGUUUGCAAUCUCAGUCGUUUUGUUCACUGUCUAUCAAAUGUUCUCAGCUCCAUCUGCGAAGCGUGUGAAAGUCGAAGGCGAGGGAGGGGAGGAGGAGGAGGACGAGAUGGAAGGAGGAGAGCUGGACAUCUCUGUCGGCGGAGAGGCAGUGGAGACCAUGACGAUGGUGCAGGCAGAAGCCGUGGACGCGGAGAAGAAAGCGGCCAUGAUUCGAUCGGGGAAGACGCUUGAGGAGAGACAGGAGGAGUUCAAGGAGAUGCUUCUAGAGAGAGGAGUGUCUGCCUUCUCGACGUGGGACAAGGAGCUGCCGAAAUUUGUGUUUGAUCCUCGCUACAUGCUCCUCAACUCCAGGGAGAGGAAGAGCUGCUUCGAGGAGUUCAUACGGUCGCGGGCCGAGGAGGAGAGGAAGGAGAAACGCAGCAAGCUGAAGGCCCAGAGGGACGAGUUCAGGAAACUCCUGGAGGACUCCAAACUCCACCCCAAGUCCAGUUUCAGUGAGUUUGCCCAGCGACAUGCGAGAGACGAGCGGUUCAAGGCGGUGGAGAAGAUGCGAGAGAGGGAGCAGCUGUUCUCCGACUACCUCCAGGAGCUCAAGAAGACGGCGGCGGCGGCUUCCUCCUCGACCGGUCGGGGACGACAGAGGGGAGGAGACAGAACUGCUCAUCGACCACACUUCAUCACCACACCUCAAACCAACUGACAAGGUGAAGGCGGAGUUCAUGGAGAUGUUGUCUGAGGACGGCUCUCUCACGGAGUCCUCUCAGUGGAGGAAGGUAAAGGGAGGGUUGGAGAGAGACCCUCGCUACCGGGCAGUGUCGGGCGGCAGCAGUCAGCGAGAGGAGUGGUUCCUGGAGUACGUCAAGUCUUCGGCCACUGGCAGUACGGGCAAGGUUGGUUGGCUUUGCGGGAACAGCAGACCACCAGAGCAGGGAGAGGGAGGAGCGUAUCCAGGCCAGUCUGAAGGAGAGGGAGAGGGAGGUUCAGAUGAGUCGCUCGGCGCAGGAGAAGGAGUGGGGUAGGGAGAGGGACCAGCUGCGAAGGUCGGAAGCUUUGCAGCAGUUCAAGGCCAUGCUGGCCGACACGAUUCGCAGUACUGGUGUGCCGUGGAACGAUGCCCGGCGACAGCUGCGACAGGACUCCCGCUGGGCCUCCAUGGGUCUCCUGGAGGCCGACGAGAAGGAGAAACUGUACCAGGAGCACUGCGACAGUCUGGUGGAGAAGAAGAGAUUGCAGUUCAGGAGACUGCUGGAGGAGACCUCGCAGAUUUCUCUGGUGAUGCCGUGGAAGAAGGCCCGGAAGCUGAUCCGCGAGGACCCUCGCUACAAGAACUUCUCGGAGUCUGACCACGUAAG